UCCUCCCAACCUCCAUCAUCUCUGAACGGCCUGCACCGCAUCGUCCUCAGCAAAAUGAGUACCGUACGAUCUAAUGCACUCGUGUAUCUUACGGACACUCCGUUUCUGUUCCCCUUCGCGGCGUCCGCGUACCAGAUGGUUUCCGGUGUGUCUGAGAUACUUAAGGCUCUGCUCAUCUUUUCGAAGAAGCUGGAGGCUUGCACUGGUGAUGCGGACAAGGAGCUGUGGGCUAAGUAUAAGGAGGUUGCGCGAGCGCUGCGCCGAUGCGGCGUCGAGAAUGCUAACCUUCUGAAGACCCUUGUAGAGCUCAUGCGUGCCACGUUCGUACUGACCAUGGCCGAGCCCUCAGACCUGAAGCGCGUUCCAGAGAUUCAAGUCACUUACGGGCGUUUCCUUGGCCGCCUCACCGCGUUCGUCGACAGCUGCAGCACCGCGAGCAGCCUUUUGCUGGAUUUGGAUCAGCAAGUCUCCCACGCCCUUUGCUAUCCGCCGGUCAUCCGCAAGCUCGUGCUCGAGGCCUGGCUUCCGAUCAUCAAGCACUGCAGCCUGUUCACCCCUUCGCACCGCGCCACCAUGCUCACCUCUGGCCGCGACGGGCUCCGCAACAUCCAGCACCAGCUCGACCAGCUCCUCGACGUCGCCGACGGGCUUAAGGAUGCCGCGUUCAAAGCAUGCCUGGCCUUUCGCCUCGACAACGCGCUCCUCAAGGAUAUCCGGAAGCGCUCGAUCUACUGGCGGCGGGCCCUGGAGCGUUCGACGACGAUCGUCUUGUGCGAACUACAGGACGCCAUCGGUAGGAUUGUGAUCACGUCGAAGAAGAUCAACUCCCAUGCGUCGAGCAUCUACCUGUAGGUCAGUUCUUCCCAUGAUUUCCAUUUGAUUUGCGCAGGCCGACGUCCUUCUCUUUACUAACUGCAGCGCAUACGCCUGCGAACGCGGACUGUCGCUGUCUGCUGAAUGUACCAUCAUGAAAGGCUGUGGACGCUUGUUUUGUAUAAUAUCAAUAUAGCAUGCCUGGAUGGAGGCACCCUGGA